GUAGGUAGCAUCCAAUAUUGUCAAAAAUUUGUUUUAUUUGCUUACAAUUUGCUUAGCUUGAAAAAAUGAAAUGCAUCAGUUUCAAGAAGAAUAUCUAACUAUUGUGUAAAAAUGUAAAUUAAAGAGCAGUCGCACAAUGACGAUCCCGGUGAAAUAUGGUGCCAUAAAGCAGAUAAUAUCGGCCAAAAUUGAUUCCAACCGCUAUCUCAUCGCUUUUGUAUCGCUGCUGAUUCUGCUUGGUUUCUGGCUUAAUGGAAAUUCAUUGUCGGAAACGGGCACAGAACGAAUAUCUCUGGAUCUGGUAGAAAUUCCACAGAUAGUCCUGGACCAUGAUGCCGAGCUAGCGCGAGCAAGGAAUCCAAACUGUUCAUUUUGGGAUUGUUUUAAUGUGUACAGGUGUGGCCAACGAACGAGUGGAAAUUCUGCUGCAGGUUCAAGGUCUGCGCUACUAGCAGAUGAGGCACAGGAAAAAAUUUCAAUUUAUGUGUAUCCGCUUAAGGAGUACAUCGAUGGGGGUACGGGUCAGCAAGCUUUUCAAUUAACGAAGGAAUUCUACGGAAUUCUGAAAACGAUAGUCGAUAGUCCGUAUUAUACCGCUAACCCCAAUGAAGCUUGUCUGUUUGUUCCCGCACUGGACACACUAAACCAAAACAGAAUCGAUGUGAACCUAGUGGGAAAAGCAUUGGCCGCUUUGCCGUACUGGGAAAAUGGGGAAAAUCACAUCUUGUUCAAUUUUAUCGCUGGAUCUCCACCUGAUUACAAUACUGUUCUAGAUGUGAACACCGAUCGGGCGAUGAUUUUAGGUUCUGGAUUUGACACCUGGACCUACCGUUCCGGAUUUGACAUAGCCAUGCCUAUGUACAGCUCUAUUUUAGAUUACAGCCAGCCAAAGCCUGUGGUAGAUACCGAAAGGAAAUUUCUUCUAGUCUCAUCGCAAUUAAAUAUUUUUCAAAGACAAUAUCGCAUCAUGCAAGAAAUAACUUAUGACUACCCCGAUGAGAUACUCUUACUUCAACGAUGUCCGACAUCGACGGCCAAAGUGGAUGAUAAUGUAGACUAUUCUCAAAGGGACAACGGUCAGGAAGAACAGCUGAAACAUCUGAAGGACAUACGCUGCAAUUUCCCCCAAGGGAUGGAAUAUGAAUACCCAAAUGUAUUGGGAAGCGGCCAAUUUUGUCUCGUCACCAGAGGCGUUCGUUUGUCUCAACCAACGCUGCUAGACGCUUUGGCACACGGCUGCGUUCCCGUAAUUAUGGCUGACAAUCUCGUUCUUCCUUUUAGUGAAAUUUUGGAUUGGGAUCUGGUUUCAAUAAGAAUAUAUGAGAAUAGUCUACAUUCCAUUAUUCCAACAUUGAAGUCGGUAUCAACGGAACGAGUUCAUGAGCUUCGAGCUCGUGGUGCAUACUUCUACGAUCGAUACUUUUCUAGCUUAGAAAAACUAGUUCUUGUGACGCUUGAUCAGCUAAACGAUCGGAUAUUUCCACAUCUCAGUCGAACGUACAAUCACUGGAAUGUCGCCAAAACUGAGUAUUUAACACAAAACCCACUUUUCUUGCCACUUCUAGCACCAAAAUCUCAAGGUUUCACAGCAGUAAUUCUUACGUACGAUCGAAUAGAAAGCUUGUUCAUUCUAAUACAGAAACUAGCCACAGUUCCAUCACUGCAGAAAAUAUUGGUAAUUUGGAACAACCAGAAAAAAUCCCCGCCUCAUCCCUCUCUAUUUCCAAAAAUUGGUAAACCGUUGAAAGUAAUACAGACGGCUGCUAACAAACUGUCCAAUCGAUUUUAUCCAUACGAAGAAAUCGAAACGGAAGCAAUCCUCACGAUAGAUGACGAUAUCGUAAUGCUGACAGCCGAUGAACUCGACUUUGGCUACGAAGUGUGGCGCGAGUUUCCGGAUCGUAUUGUCGGCUUCCCAUCGCGCACACACGUUUGGGACAAUACGACAAACCGGUGGCGUUACGAAUCCGAGUGGACCAACCAGAUAUCAAUGGUUCUGACUGGUGCGGCCUUCCAUCACAAAUAUUGGAGUUACAUGUACACCAAUGCGAUGCCCGGAAACAUCAAGGAGUGGGUCGAUGAGCACAUGAACUGCGAAGAUAUCGCGAUGAACUUUCUUGUUGCGAAUGUUACGAACAAGCCUCCGAUUAAGGUGGCUCCAAGAAAAAAAUUCAAGUGCCCCGAGUGCACCAACAAUGAGAUGCUGUCGGCCGACUUGAACCAUAUGAUGGAACGAUCGGCUUGCAUUAAUCGGUUCGCCGACAUCUACGGAACCAUGCCGCUGAAGACCGUGGAGUUUCGGGCCGAUCCGGUCCUAUUUAAGGAUAAUUUCCCGGAGAAGUUGAAACGAUUCAACGAUAUAGGAAGCUUGUAGAUUCCAAGUACGAUAGAGUCGAUUGCAUUUAUUAGUUUGUUAAACUAUGUGUGUUAGGAUCAAUGAUGUAUAAAUAGGUGAUGCAAAACUUGUGAGCUUGUUAGGCUUCAGGAACCGAACCUAUGUAGCGAGUAUAUCUUCCUGUUGUUAGACUAUUAAAGGAAAGGCAAGCACACUUUGGUGCCAUCUUUGUUUCAUCUACGUAUACCUAGUACAGAGCAGCUGAGUGUUUUCUUACACACAACCAUUCAUACAAUGUAAUCUUGUUCGUGAAAUGGCAAGAAUAAAAUAGAAAAAUCCAAUCCCA